AUGUCUGAAUUUAAUACCACAUUUCAACCUUAUGUCUUCAUCCUCACUGGCCUCAGAGGGCUGGUGGGUGCCCGCCUAUGGCUGGGACCACUCCUGAGCCUAAUGUACAUCACCACAUUGGCAGGGAACUGUACUGUAAUUUACUUAGUGAGGACUGAAAGGAGUCUGCAGGAGCCCCAGUACCAUUUUUUGUCUAUGUUGGCUGGGGCUGACAUUGUUCUGUCUGUCUCCACGCUGUUCUCGGUGCUAAAAGUUUUUAUCUUCGACUUCUAUGAAAUUGCAUUUGAUAGUUGUCUUGCUCAGCUCUUCUUCAUCCAUGCAUCUUCUUCCAUGGGCUCGGGAAUCUUGUUAGCUAUGGCUUUUGACCGCUUUGUGGCCAUCAGUCACCCACUGCAAUAUACGACUAUACUAACCAGCUCACGAGUCACCAAGAUGGGGCUGGCAGCUUUUCUGAGGGGUGUGGCACUCAUGAUGCCCUUACCUAUUCUGCUCAAGAGGCUACCAUUCUGCAAGGGGCAGAUGCUGUCCUACUCCUACUGUAUCCACCCAAAUGUCAUGAAACUAGCUUGUGGCCAAGUCAAGAUCAAUAUUUUCUAUGGGCUUGUUUUGGUUAUAUUUUCCUUUGGGGUGGACUUUCUGCUCAUAGCCAUCUCUUAUGCUCUGAUAUUCCAAGCAGUUAUGGGGAUCGCUUCCAGAGAAGGUCAGAUGAAGGCGCUCAAUACUUGUUUGUCUCACAUCUUCAUUGUCUUUAUUUACUACGGUCCUUUGCUGGCAAUAACUGUGAUGCAUCGGAUCAGCCACAGAAGUUCUCCAGUAGCACAUGCAGUCCUGGGAAACAUCUAUCUCUUUAUGCCCCCGAUGUUCAACCCAAUAGUAUAUAGCCUGAAGACCAAGCAGAUUCGUUCUGCCCUGAGAAAAUCUUUGAAGAUCCAGAGAAGAUGA